UGUUGUUGUAUAUUAGUUUCUAACCCAGGCAGAUGUAUUCUAGAGGAAGCGUGGCCUUUGCUGAAUUGGACAUGUAGACAGUACAAGACAAACUACUUCGCGACGACUAUAUCAACGACACGUUCCCCGCGUCCACCACCUCUCACCAUCUUCGAGUCGCGCCACACAGACCAACGCCGCCAUGUCGAGCAACGGGAGCGAAGACAAUGCCGCGACGACACUCCACGACGCGACUUGGAGCUCAGGCGCUCGUCCCCUAUCAGUCGCGGUCAACCCCGUAGCUCUCGUGGUGACGGAAUGUAUCACCGUGACAUCGGCGAUGCGGAAGCAUGCCCGCUGGGCGCAUUCUUCCGUGGCUGCCAUCUUGGGGGGGUCUUCGAACAAGGCGCCAGCUGUAGUACGGCGGGACCGAAGUGGGCAGGGUAUUGCCAGCACAGGAGAGCAGGACGAAGCGGUGCCGAGCAGAUGGGGCCUGAGGGGGAAGAAGGGCAAGAGCCUGCAGGACAACCCGCUCAUGGCCGCCUUUGCGCGGCUGCGAAGCGACAUGAAGGGCUGCAAAGACAUCAGCACCUUCGACACGCCCUCGAUGCUCCACCCCUUCCUGCAGGUCAUCCGCUCCUCGUCCACAUCCGCGCCCAUCACCUCGCUCGCCCUUAUCGCCAUCACAAAGUUCCUCUCCUACGGCGUCAUCGGCCACCACUCUCCGCGCCUCCCAGAGGCUAUGCAGCAGCUCUCGUCGGCCAUCACCCACUGCCGCUUCGAGGCGAGUGACUCGGCCGCCGACGAGAUUGUCCUCCUCCGCAUUCUGAAGCUCAUGGAGGGCAUGAUCUCCGGCCCUGGCGGACAAGUCCUCGGCGACGAGAGCGUCUGCGAGAUGAUGGAGACGGGGCUGAGCAUGUGUUGCCAGGCGCGACUGUCUGAGCUGCUACGCCGGUCUGCCGAGAUCGCCAUGGUGUCCAUGUGCCAGGUCAUAUUCCGCAGACUGAAGACGCUGGAGAUCGAGGCGCCGCACGAGCUGGAUGCGCUGGAUGAGGAGCUGGACGGGAAAGACGACCAGGACGGCCUGAAGAUGGACCCGUCUGCCAACGGAACAGGGGAAGCUGCGAGGUCCAAGGUGGAGGCACCUCAGCAGAACAGCGACUCGGAGAAGGGUCACGAUGAGCACGACAGCGGCGUGAACCCCGCGACCAGCACCUUGGAUUUGCCAGCCACAGUCGAGGGCGAACAGCAACCAGUUGAUAUUAGACCUUAUUCGCUGCCCUCGAUAAGAGAACUCUUCCGCGUUCUGGUAGACCUGCUCGAUCCACACGACCGACAGCACACCGACACUAUGCGCGUCAUGGCGCUGCGAAUUGUCGAUGUAGCUCUCGAGGUUGCAGGCCCAUCGAUAGCGAGUCACCCAAGCCUUGCGAACCUGGCGAAGGACACGCUGUGCCGGCACAUCUUCCAGCUCGUCAGGUCAGACAACAUGGCCAUCUUGAACGAGUCGUUGCGGGUUGCCGGGACCCUCUUGGCGACAUGCCGAAACGUUCUCAAGCUACAACAAGAGUUGUAUCUUUCUUACUUGGUUGCUUGCCUCUUCCCAAGAGUCGAAAUCCCCUUGGAGCCGGGCAUCGAACCUUCACUAUACGAAGGUGUCCCGCAAGCACCAAGUCUUGUCAAACAACCACCACAGAAAAGCAGUACUAGUGGAAGGUCGACGCCAGUACCAGUUAAGGACCGAAGACAACUUGGCUUGGAGGGUGGCGCGCGAAAGCCUGACGCUCGCGAAGCCAUGAUCGAGAACCUCGGCGGUAUGGUGCGGAUACCGUCUUUCAUGGCUGAGCUCUUCGUGAAUUAUGACUGCGAAAUCGAUCGCGGUGAUGUGUGCAUGGAUAUCAUCGGCCUUCUGUCACGAAACGCGUUCCCUGACUCCGCGACUUGGAGUACUGUCAACGUUCCUCCACUUUGCCUUGAUGCACUGCUUGGGUUCGUGCAGUCAAUAGCAGAUCGCUUGGACGACGAGCCUGUGACAGAAGGUUUUCCAAGUGCUGUCGCGCUUCGGGACCAGCGAGCACGGAAGAAGAUCAUCAUCCAAGGAGCAACCAAAUUCAAUGAAAAGCCCAAAGCCGGAAUCGCCUUCCUGGCAUCCCAGGGUAUAAUCUCAGACCCCGACGAUCCUGCAUGCAUCGCGGAGUUUGUGAAGGGAACCACGAGGGUUGACAAAAAGGUGCUUGGAGACUUCAUCUCAAGGAAAGGAAACGAAGGCAUCCUCAGUGCCUUCAUGGGCUUGUUUGAUUUCACAGGCCAGCGUCUCGACGAAGCUCUGCGGCAACUGCUGCAUACGUUUCGUCUUCCAGGUGAAUCGGCGCUUAUCGAGAGGAUAAUAACAGACUUCUCCGAACAGUAUUACAAGAUGGCGAAACCGGAGGACAUUGCCAACAAAGACGCCAUUUUCAUCCUUACUUAUGCUAUCAUCAUGCUGAACACCGAUCAGCACAAUCCGAAUAUGAAAGACAAGCGAAUGGAUGUGAAUGCCUUCUCCAAGAAUCUUCGGGGGGUCAACGAUGGUAAAGACUUCGAUCCCGGAUACCUACAAGCCAUCUACGACUCUAUCCAAAGUCGUGAGAUCAUACUUCCCGAGGAGCAUAACGAUAAACAUGCGUACGAUCAUGCCUGGAAAGAGCUGCUGGUCAAGGUUCAGUCAACUUCAAAUCUCAUCAUCUGCGAUACCAACAUCUUUGACGCAGACAUGUUUGCGGCAACCUGGAAGCCGAUUAUCGCCACUUUGUCAUAUGUCUUUAUGUCGGCUACGGAUGAUGCUGUUUUCUCGCGAGUCGUUUUGGGGUUCGAUCAGUGUGCACAGAUAGCGGCGCAGCAUGGGCUGAACGAUGCUCUAGACCGUAUCAUCUCAUGCCUGUCGUACAUCAGCACGUUAGCGCCUGACGUGCCACCGAGUACCUCGCUCAACACUGAAGUGCAGGCUGAUCAGAAGAGUGUUAUGGUCAGCGAGACGGCAGUGCGCUUUGGUCGAGAUGGACGGGCACAAUUAGCGACCGUUGUUCUGUUCCAGGUUAUCAAGGGACAUGAGGCCUCGAUACGAGACGGAUGGAAUCAUCUCAUUCGCAUCAUGGUCAACCUUUUCGUCAACUCGUUGAUUCCUCCCUACUUUCUCUCCUUCCAGAAGACAUUAGCUCUACCUCCGAUACCCCUACAGAAUCCGGCGCAGAUCAUCGACCGCGCUGAACGUCCUGCCGACACAGGCAUUUUUUCCGCGUUGACAUCGUACGUGUCCAGUUUCGCCAACGACGAACCACCAGAACCAUCGGAUCAAGAGAUUGAGUAUACGCUUUGCACCGUCGACACUGUCAAGGAAUGUCAUUUCGAGGACAUACUCGCCAAUAUCAGUCACCUACCAGUAGAAGCGCUGCGAUCAUUGUUGAUGUCGCUGCUUGAGCACAUACCCGAAGAUGGCUCACCAAGAGUCAUUGUGGUGAAACCCGAGAUACCAGGAGCGAGCCCGCGUCAGAAUGGUAGCAGGAUAAAAGGAAAGGGUCCCUUGUAUGACCCCAGCCUGGUCUUUGUUCUUGAGCUUGCGACAGUAUUGGCGCUUCGUGAUGAGGAGACUGUCAAGGAACUUGCCAAGGAUGUCACCGAUGCAUUGUCGAGUGUUAUCCGCGAUGCAUCGAAACACCAUGCUGUGGUGGUUGCGCGAUCGGUGUACUAUCUUUUGAGCCUGUUGAAGGCUAGCAACGAACAUGAUUUUGUUCGCGCACCUGUUCUCUUACAUACUUUCUCAAGCUUCAACGAAGCCUUGCUGACAGAGUGUUCUCAACCACUUCUCCAGGGCUUGACAGACUGCUGCAAGGGUCCGAACGGUCUCCGCAGUGAAUUGGCAGGCUCUCCCGACUUCUGGACCAUCUUGAGCAGAUUGUCUGGGGUACCUGACGCGGCGGGAGACGUCUUUCAGCUCGUCGAAGAUCUAACAACGUCGCCUCAACCGGGAAUCACCGCAGACAACUAUGAGCCUGCAAUCGCCCUCUUGAACGAAUUUGCUACAUCGGCUCAGGUUGGCGCGCGGGAAGAACAACUGCACGAUCAAGCUUCAAGACGAAGCAAGGGGCCCAAGACGAAGAAGCCCGAGAGCACCGAGGUCGUUGUCCGCGGCAGCAAGGCCAUGACGAUCGUCUUCCAGAUGUCCAGCCGUGUACCGAAUUUCAUCGAGCAAUCGCAUCUCGAGACCACAGAGGCAUGGACAGCAUACUGGUCCCCCAUCCUCAAAACCCUCGCGCACCAAUGUCUCAACCCGUGCCGUGAAAUCCGCCAACAAGCCUUCAGCGCUAUGCAGCGCACACUUCUCUCCAACGACCUCGCGUCCCCCGACCACAAAGAGUGGACCGCCAUAUUCAGCGAGGUCCUCGUGCCCCUCAUCACACAACUGCUGAAACCGGAGGUCUACCAAAGUGACCCGAGAGGUAUGAGCGAAACAAGAGUUCGCGCGGCAACACUACUAAGCAAAGUCUUCCUGCACUAUCUCGUACUAUUGAGCGAGGUCGGCGAGGGAGAUUUGUUGAAAGAACUUUGGUUGAAGGUAGUCAGUAUCAUGGAUCGGCUGGGGAAUAGCGGACAGGGUGAUAACUUGGAAGAAGCCGUGUCCGAAAAUCUCAAAAAUAUGCUCCUCGUCCUCUCAAAUGGCGGCUUCCUCGCCCCGCCCGACGAGAAACCAGAGCAGGAGGAGCUGUGGAACGAGACGUGGAAGCGCAUCAAUCGGUUCCAGCCCGAGCUCUUCAAGGAGUUAUUUCCCGAGGAGGCGGGGAAGCCGAAGAGGGCGUCUGCGGAAGGGAAGAGCAAGGAGGUGGUAGUGGGUGGUGGAGAGGACGCGGAGAAAGGAGAGGGUGAAAAAGCCAGUCGACAAGAGGAGAAGACAAAGGAGGGUUAAGUUGAUGGUGCGGGCGGGUUUGGUGUGUAGCGAUAUGGGAUUGCGUCGGUCAGGGUGGAGUAGGUAAUGGCGGUGAGACGCUCUCAAGACAAUGCAUGUUGUUUCAUUGCAGAGCUGAACGAAGAUAUGAAAAUUUCAGUGAACCUAGGUUUUGUGCGAACCUCAUCCGAUACUGAUCAACGUUUUUUAUG